AUGGCACAAGAAACCCAAGCAAGCGACGACUGGCGGGGGCCUGAUGACCCUGAUUGUCCCUACAACUGGCCCAUGUGGAAGCGCAUCUACAUGACCAGCAUCCCGGCCUUGCUCUGCGUCAACGUGUCCUUUGCGUCUUCCGUCUACACCUCCGGAGCCAACGAUGUAUCGCGAGAAUUCGGCGUCUCUCAUACGGAAUCUCUGCUCGGCCUUUCCCUCUUUCUCUGGGCGCUGGGUCUCGGGGCCAUCAUUGCCGCCCCCGUCAGCGAGUAUUAUGGUCGUAGAAUUGUUUAUCUGACCACCGUUCCCGUUUUCGGUUUCUUUAUUUUGGGUUCUGGUCUAGCACAGAACUUUGCCACCUUGAUUGUCUGCCGUACUCUGGCUGGCUUCUUUGGGAGCGCCGUCGUUUCGGUCGGCGGGGGCACCAAUGCCGACAUCUGGGAGCCCGCGCGGGCGGGAUUUGUUUAUCCCUUCUACUUUGUGUCCCCCUUUCUCGGGCCAGCCUUUGGACCUGUCAUCGGCGGUUUCCUCAGCGAAGCAAAAGGCUUCCGCUGGCUAGAAUGGUUAGAGACGUACAAGAAGACCAUCCUCCAAAAGCGCGCGCGCGACGAAAAGCGAUCUGACGCACUGGCUUCCGCGAGUUCGCUCAAGGUGGCCCUCCCCUCGAGCACCGUGGUGCAGCGCAUCGUUCUCAAGCCCUUCAAGAUGCUCUUCGUCGAGUCCAUCGUGCUCUUCAUGACCAUCUAUAUGGCCUUCAACUUUGCCGUCUUUUACAGCUUUUUCGCCGCCUUUCCUUACAUCUUUGGCGGCGACAAGUACAAUUUCACGGCCGGUGAGCAGGGCUUAACCUUCAUUUCCAUCGCCCUAGGCUGCGUCAUCGGCUUUCUCGCCGUCGUCUAUAUCGACCGGCGCACCUACCCGGCGCUGGAAGCCAAGUACGGCGUCGGUUCCGUCCCGCCCGAGUACCGCUUGUACGGCGCCAUGGUUGGCUCGGCCCUCAACCCGGCCAGCCUCUUCUGGUUUGGCUGGUCUGCCAACGCCGGUGCCUACUGGCCCAGCCCCGUGGUAGCGGCCGUGCCCUUCGCUGUCGGGAACAUCAUGGUGUACAGCAGCGGCGCGCUCUACAUUAUGAAUGCGUACGGAUCGCUGCACGGCGCGAGUGCCCUCAGCGCCAACAGUCUUCUUCGGUACGCCUUUGGAGGCGCAUUUCCCAUGUUCACGGUGCAGAUGUUCUCGUCUAUGGGGAUCGGCUGGGCCAGCAGUCUGCUGGGCUUUGUAUCGGUGGUGUUGGUGCCCGUCCCGUGGGUACUGUAUAAGUAUGGGAGGAGGAUCAGGGCGCAUUCUCAGUAUAUUACCAUUAAGGAUCCGGUGGUUGACAACCAGGGCUCGUCGACAGAGAUGACGAGCAGUGAGGGAGAGGAGACGGGAGUCUAG